AUGGCAAGGUGGUGCAUUGUGCUCGUUGUUUUUGCCCUAGCUUCUGUUCACACUAUAGCAGCUAGGAACAUGCCUAAGCCCAACGAUGCUGGUUUCAAGGACCAGAAGAACAUCAUAAGCGGCGCUGGUGGCUUCUCCGGAAUCGGUAACGACGGACUCCCCUUCGUUGGUGGUGGUGCCGGAAUUGGCGGCGAUGCUCCGGGACUUGGUGCUGGUGGUGUUGGGAUUGGUGGAGUUGGCGGACUAGGCAGCACUGGUGGAUUUGGUGGUCUCCCUGGCUCGGGUGGUGCUGGUGGCUUGGGUGGUCUUGGCGGCUUGGGUGGUCUUGGAGGACUAGGUGGCACUGGCGGGCUAGGCGGCUUGGGAGGAUUGCCUACUGGUAGUUUUGGCGGUUUAGGCGGCUCUGGGGGACUUGGUGGCGGGAGUGGUAUUCUUCCUCACCCUUGA